AUGGCUAAGACCAUCACCCCGCCGCUUUUCUCGUCUGUUACGACCACCUUGUCACAUCGUCUUCAACGAGCAGAUGCUAUGGAGGGCGUCGCAAACAUCGUCGCAGUACUUGAUCUGGGUGCCAAAGUGAUAGGCCUCUGUGUCAGAUAUUGCCAGUCUGUCAAGAAUGCCGGGCCUGAGAUCAAGGGCCUGCUAGAGCGCGCGGAGCAGCUGAACACGACCCUUGAAGCUGCGCAGGAACUUCUUCACGGGCCAAAUGGAGAGCAGCUUAGGACCUCGCAGAAGCUCAGCAAAGCACUCAAUGACGCCCAGACGCAUCUCAGUGACGUCUCUACGCAGCUGGAAAAUAGGCUUAAUACCAGUGGCCGCAAAGGAUGGUCGAUAAGCCGCCUACAGGCCUUGAAAUGGCCGUUCAGCAGCAAGGAAACUGCCAGAAUAUUCACAGGUCUCCAACAAGACCAGGCUGCUAUUGAUUCCGCCCUUCAAGUGGAUCAAACCAUUGAGAUUCUCGAUAUGCACCUCAAACUUGUUAUAUCAACGCUUCCAGUGGCUAGAGAUGCGACAUUUGACUCUCAAGCCAACGAACAUGACCCCAGGUGUCAUCCUAAUACCCGAGUUGAUCUUCUUACCAAUAUAUACAGGCAGAUUGAGGACCCAGCGGGGAAAUGCAUCUUUUGGCUGCAAGGAAUGGCUGGCACAGGUAAAUCCACGAUAGCCCGCAGCGUAGCCGCCCAUUUCUCCGAGAACAAUGCCGCCGUUGCCACUUUUUUCUUUAAGAAAGGCGAAGGUGACAGGGACAAAGCAGCCCUGCUUUUCACUACCAUUUCAUCUCAGCUUGUUCAAAAGUUACCUUCUUUGGCACCGCAUGUUGCAUAUGCAAUCAAGGAGGACUCGGCUAUCGUUAACAAGUCCAUGAAAGAUCAGUUUGAGAAACUCAUUCUAGACCCGUUAAAGAAAUGCAAAGAUAUCCCUCGCUUUCCAACUCUGAUAUCCGUGGUGAUUGACGCUCUCGAUGAAUGCAACCGGGAAGAAGACGCUGCAGCCAUUGUUCGUCUUCUGCCAAGAUCGACAGAAGUGACCUCUGUCCGCCUGAGGUUUUUCGUUACCAGUAGACCCGAGUUUCACAUACGGCGAAGCUUUAAAAGGAUUACUGCCAAAGAUUUAAUCCUUCACGAAAUUCCCAAGUCAACCAUCUCGGAAGACAUAUCGACAUUUCUAGCCUUCAAGCUAGAAGAGAUUCGGGCUGAUUUCAACGAGGAUGUUUGCACAGGAUCAGAGCUGCCGCCAGAUUGGCCCGACCCUACUAGCGUUCAAGCACUUGUCGAUAGGGCAGUGCCACUCUUUAUAUUUGCUUCUACGGCUUGCGAUUUCAUCUCAGAUGUAUAUUGUGGUGACCCAGAUGAGCAGCUACAAAAGCUUUUAGGGUAUAGCAAUACAAGUGGCUCACCCCAGCUGCACACGACAUAUCUCCCCAUUCUAAAUCAGCUUCUCCUGGAGCGUGAUGAGUCGGGGUUAAAACCUCGCAGCGAGGCCGGGAAAGCAGAGGUGGUAACGUGGUUCCGUGAACUUGUUGGCUCUAUAGUUAUGCUUGCGGACCCUCUUCCCGCUGUAUCACUUGCACGGCUUCUUGGAAAACACCAGAGGAGCAUCGAAUCAAGGCUAAAUGGGCUUCAUUCCGUCUUGCAUAUCCCCCGUGACCCCAACAUGCCAAUCAAGUUAUUCCACCUCUCGUUUCGUGACUUCUUAGUUGACCGGAAGCACCGUAAUGAGAAUCCGUUCUGGGUGGAUGAACAAGGAACGCACGCAAUGCUCGCGGCCCAAUGCCUCCAACUACUUUCAACAAAUAACUCGCUUAGGAUGGAUGUUUGCAGCCUAGGGGCGCCAGGAAAGCCGCGAUCUGAAAUAAAUCAACGGACGAUAGAAAGCCGCCUGACCCCGGAGGUUCAAUACGCCUGUAUCUAUUGGGUUUACCACAUAAAGGAGAGCGCCGGCACGCUUCAGGACAACGGUCAGGUGUACUGCUUCCUCACUAGCCAUCUACUUCACUGGCUUGAGGCAUUAGCUAUCUUAGGACGAGUCAAAGAGACUGUCCGUAUGCUGGAUAAUUUGUUAAGUCUGCUCGAUGAGAUAAAUAGCAGUAGGUUAUCAGUACUUAUACAUGAUGCCCAGCGAGGCAUCCUUACCAACCGCUCGAUUAUCGAUGAGUACCCUCUACAACUCUAUUCUUCGGCUAUUAAAUUCGCGCCAGAAGCAAGCGAAGUUCGAAAGCUGUUCAGGUCCCAAUUCCCAUCUUGGAUUACUUUAUUACCACGAGUAGAUGACGACUGGACUAUAUUCUCGCCGGAUGGCAGCCAGAUUGUCACUGCGUCGUCAUACGACGUUAAGCUCUGGAAUGUGGCAACAGGAGAUUGCAUUAUGUCUCUUGACGUUCAUGGUAAUGCAAUGUUGUUGAAUGACGCCAGAAUCUGCUACGUCAGCUCUGUUGCAUUCUCGCCAUAUGGCGACCAGCUUAUAGUAGCUGCAGGUAGUAAUAGAGGCGGCAUCCCUACUCUGCAACUUUGGGAUGUGACGACUGGGUUCAAAGGCCAUAAUACAACUCCUACGUUGGUUAUGUUUUCACCAGACGGUAAUCAACUUAUAUCAGCUACAUCUGAAAGGAUUAGUAGGCCGUCCAGGCUGAGGACACCGCCCUAUUUUGAGCCGUAUUUGAGCAAUUCGCUCAUCAAGAGGAUAAUCUUCUCGCCGGAUGGUAGUAAGCUUCUAUCAACACCUGCACUCCCACUAGAGUUUUACACCCGCAUUAAGUUCUGGAGUGUAGAAACGGGGGCCCACGUUAGGACGUUCGAAAACCAGGUGUUUACAGGCAUUCGGACUAUAAAGACAUGGGAUAUAGCAUCAGGUACCUGUCUUUGGAAGUUCGAAUUCUCCGACACCGUCAGGUCCAUUGCAUUCUCACCAAAUAGUGACUUGCUUGCGGUAGGGGAGUAUGCCACUAUUACACUGUUCGAGGCAGGCACAGGCAGCUGUAGUACAGCGCUUCAGUGUCCGGGACAAUGGACCACGGCGAUUGCAUUCUCCCAGGAUAACUGUUGGCUUGCGGCCGCGGCACAGGGUGAAUAUCUCGACAUCUGGGACAUAGCAACUGGCAAGCGUAGCAAAACACUUUAUACCUAUUCCCGGGACGUUACAUCUGUGGAAUUUUCACCAGAUGGCAAAUGGCUUGUGUCAGGGUCAUAUGAAGGCACCGUCAAGCUUUGGUAUAUCAAGACAAGCCAACUUAUCUCAACAGUCACCCUAGGUGCUCCAAUUUAUAGUAUUGUCUUUGACGCUGCUGGCCUUAAGGUCAAUACCGAUAUUGGCACGUUCGCACUGCUAGGCUUGCCACCUACAGAUGUUUCAACCAAAACAGGGGCACUGCCUUCUCAACCUCCUAACAUCAAGCGCCAGGGCGUCGGGUUGACCGAGUGCGGGGCCUGGAUCACUUGGGGUCCAGACAAGCUCCUAUGGCUACCGCCAGAAUUUCGGCGUUCCUGGCGGAUGUCGUCUGCUUUGACGGAAUCAACAGUGGCCUUUUCGAACAGCUCAGGACGGUUGACCAUGAUAACCAUCUCAGCCCCUGACGGCUCUUGA